AUUUGUAAUGGAUAUCUUGAUAAUCCAGUUAUAUAAACACGAAUAGUAGGUAGUAAGUUGGUUUUCAUUUGCACGCUAAUUGUUCUGAUUUCUUGAGUACCGUUGAACGAAAUCUUCAGAAGAAUUGAGUGUAUUUCGAACAGUUACAAUUUGAAAGAUGUUGCGUGUAGCUUACUUGACGAUCUUCCUUUUUGUAAAUAUCGUUAGUUACAGAUUGGAUAACGAUGAUAUCACGGAAAUUCCAAAUUCAAUGUCUCGCGGAAGGUUCUUCCCGCUAUUCAGUGUUAUUCGAUUUGCAAACUCGCAAUGCCUUGCUAGCAACAAUUUAAAUGGUACCUGCUUUACCAGAAGAGAAUGCCGUAGUUAUGGUGGAAUAUCAUCUGGCAGUUGUGCAAAUGGACAUGGUAUUUGCUGUGUUUUUCAAAAGACGUGUGGUUCCACAACAAAUGUAAAUAAUACAUAUUUCACAAAUCCAGAAUAUCCAACAACUUAUGAAAGACAAGGACGAUGCGCAAUAACAGUACAACGUUGCAAUUCAAAUAUAUGCCAAUUACGUUUGGAUUUCUUGGAAUUUAAUCUUGCUCCACCGAAUUCUAGUGGAAUUUGUGACCUUGAUCUCCUUUUAGUUUCUUCAUCUGGAAGCAGGAUACCUCGAAUUUGUGGAGAAAAUGCAAAUCAACAUGUAUAUGUGGAUUUCAAUGACGAUACUCCUAUUAUGAUAUCGAUUGAUACCAAUACUGGAUAUCCUACAGAUCGUCGUUGGAAUAUAAGAAUUCAACAAUUACCCUGUGAUGCAACAUAUAAGGCCCCAAAUGGAUGUUUACAGUAUUACGAUAGUGUCACAGGUACCAUAACAAGUUUUAAUUAUGGCACAACGCAAAAUCCAAGAGAACCACCAAUAGGUACACGGCAAAUCGCAAAUACGAAUUAUGGUGUAUGUGUAAGAAUGGCACAAGGAUAUUGUGCCAUUGAAUGGUCUCAAACAAAUUCAAAUUCAUUUACUGUUUCUGGAGAUACUAGUGCAUUUGACUCUACUUUAAUAGGUACUCAAUAUGCAGCAGAACAAGGACUCAAUUGCACUAAAGACUUUGUUAUUAUUCCACAUCCAUUUCAAAAUGGUAUUGCAGUCGGUACAGAACGAUUUUGUGGUAAUGGCUUUAUAACAAAAACAUCUUUCUCCAAGCCAUUUGUACUAUAUGUUGUCACAGAUGGCGAUGAAGUUGGAGAAGUGGAAAAUAAAGGAUUCUCAUUAAUGUAUCGUCAGCUACCAUGUGUAGCUUAAAUAAAAAGCAUGUUCUUAUUUUACAUAUACAUAUGACAUAUACACUAUAAUGAUAAUAUUAUAGGAUAUAAUAAUUUUUAUUUGAUUUGGAGGACUUUCUUCUUCAUUUGCUACCCUUUCUUACGACUAUCACAGGCAGUAAAAUACUGAGAGUUUGAAGAAUCAUGUGUACUAUUUUUUGCUAAUUAUGGAGUUGUAAAUAAAUAUUGUAUCAUUAUUAUAUUACAUCAUUAUUGGAUUUUAUGUUUAAAUAUAGGUAUAUUUAAUUUUAUCGUUAUAUUUUAUGUUAUUAUUCUUCUCAUAUGUUGAACUGAACUGUUAUUAUUCAUAUGUUCUUUAAUUUCUACGUAAUUACAAAUUUAUUGUUUAUAAUAUAAUCUCUCUUGUGUCUUUUUAUUGUAGUAAUACCAAUAUAAAAGAGCAUAAAAUAUAAUUUUAUUCUAUCUAGUAUCCUUUAAUCAUCAAAAUGAAUUAUAAAAAAACAAUCACAAACAAAUGAUAAUAAAACUGUAAUGUAAACAAUAACAUAAUAAAAAUGUAAACAAUACAAAUCAA